AUGAAGAUUUGGAAUUCGAAACAUGUGUUCGACCAUAAUUUGGAGACCGUGUUUACAGCAGCAUGGAGGGAAUAUCCGAACUCUAUGAACCAGGGAGUCACAGGCAUAGAUGUGCUGCGACAAACGCUGUAUGCUGGAAAGAUCAUGUCGGAGAGGUUCAUUCAGUCAUAUUUUCACAUUCCGUCAUGGGUGACGAAGCUGACUGGAUUUUCUGUGACUCAAUACUCACGCAAGUACACUGUCAUCGAUCCUUCAAGAACUACGUCACUCACCACAAACUGUUUACAGCUGCGAAUAGGGGUAGCUGAGCAAGCCAGAAACACGUUUGUGCAUUCUGUAGAUGGUUGUCGUAGAGUACGCUCAUAUCAUCUUCUAAUCAAUUUCACUGUUCUUUUCGUCUACCUGUGGUCAGCGCUUUUCCUCACAUGA